GAUCAGAAAGUAAACAUGCUUGUGUUCAUACGACGAGGUCACUUGAACUGACACGAGACCAGUCUGGAUUAAGACAGUGAUUGUUUUUACUGUGCCCGCUCGUUUGCCUGACAUUGUAGUGAUUGUACUUCGUUUUUCACAGGAGUGCAGGUUUAGGACUAUUAAGCUGCAAUGGCGGCUUCAAUCUUCCGUAGUGAAGAGAUGAGUCUCUGCCAACUCUUCCUGUCCAGUGAAGCUUCCUACAACUGUGUUGCCGAGCUUGGUGAGCUUGGCCAAGUGCAAUUCAGAGAUCUAAAUCAUGAAGUUAAUCAGUUCCAACGAAAGUUUGUGAAUGAAGUGCGGCGUUGCGAUGAAAUGGAACGUAUUCUUCAUUACCUGGAAGUGCAGAUCAAGAAUGCUGAUAUUCCUAUUGCUGAUGAUGGGGAUAAUCCUGAAGCUCCUCAGCCUAAGGAAAUGGUCAAUCUGGAGGCCACCUUUGAAAAGCUGGAAAACGAGCUACGUGAAGUGAACUCCAAUGCAGAGGCUUUGGACCGCAACUUCUUGGAGCUCACCGAGCUCAAGCAUGUCUUGGAGAGUGCCAAGAUCUUCCUUACUCAUGAGAGUGACCCGACUGCCAGCCUGUCGCAGAGCCUCAUCGCUACUGACGAGGGCAAGAACGAGCCUCAGCAACUCGGUUUCUUGGCUGGUGUGAUACCCCGCGAGAAGCUGGCUAUGUUCGAGCGCAUGCUGUGGCGCGUCACGCGCGGUAACGCCUUGUUCAAGAACCAUGAUAUUGAGACCGAACUCAAGGAUCCUAUCACCGGCCACAUGGUGCGUAAGUGCGUGUACCUGAUCUUCUUCCAAGGGGAGAAGCUCAAGAUGAAAGUAAAGAAGAUCUGCGAGGGCUGCCGCAGCACGCUGUACCCCUGCCCUGACACUGCCGCUGAGAGGGAAGAAAUGCUCGCCGGCGUCAAGACCAGACUAGCCGACCUCAACACUGUUUUGUCACAAACGAGUGACCACAGGCAGCGAGUGUUGGUGGCGUCUGCAAAACAUUUGCGUUCGUGGCUGAUCAAAGUGCGCAAGAUCAAGGCAAUCUACCACGCACUCAACAUGUUCAAUGUGGACGUGACGAACAAGUGUCUCAUUGGGGAGGGCUGGGUGCCUAAUGACGAUCUGGUCAGGGUUAAGGAAGCUCUCAGGGCCGGCACGGAGAAAAGCGGCACCAGCGUGGAGCCCAUCCUGAACGUAAUGGACACGACCAUGGCGCCUCCAACCUACCAUCGCACCAACAAGUUCACCUCCGGCUUCCAGACUCUGAUUGAGGCUUACGGUGUCGCCACUUACCGUGAAGUUAAUCCCGGUCUCUACACUUGCGCGACUUUUCCUUUCCUGUUCGCGGUCAUGUUUGGGGAUCUGGGACAUGGCAUCAUUAUGUUCCUUUCUGCGCUCUACAUGGUGCUUAAUGAGAAGAAACUUGCGCCUAUUGUCAGGAAUAGUGAGAUCGCCCGUAUGAUCUUCGGUGGGCGCUACAUCAUCUUCAUGAUGGGAUCGUUCUCGAUGUACACGGGCUUCAUCUACAACGACUUCUUCUCGAAGUCCGUAAACGUGUUCGGCUCUUCGUGGCACAUCGGCGAGAACGCGACCCUGGGCGUCACGACCUACGGGGAGCACGAGUACAUGCUGUCCCCUGACAACACUGAGGACUAUGUGGGGUACCCCUACGCCAUGGGCCUGGACCCGCUCUGGCAGAUCUCGAUCAACAAGAUCAACUUCCAGAACAGCUACAAGAUGAAAAUCUCGAUCAUCAUUGGCGUAAUCCACAUGAUGUUUGGUGUCUGCCUCUCCAUCAUUAAUCAUUCAUACUUCCGGCGCUACGUGAACAUCUACUGCGAGUUCAUCCCGCAAGUGGUGUUCCUGAUGUCACUGUUCGGGUACCUGUGCUUCCUGGUGUUCUUCAAGUGGUUCAUGUACGGCGACGGCCCCAACUUCGAUGAAGUUCACGGCUCUGCCUGUGCGCCCUCCGUGCUCAUCACAUUCAUUAACAUGGUCCUCAAUAAAGAGGAUCCGCCGGCGGACCCGAAAUGCGUGUCAGUGUACAUGUUCUCGGGUCAGAAGUUGUUCCAGCAAGUGCUUGUGAUUCUCGCCAUCAUCUCGGUGCCUAUAUUGCUGAUCCCCAAGCCUUUCAUCCUGAAGCACCAACACAAGAAGAAGAUGAGCCGCCGUCCUCUCACGGAGGUCGUUGUGGAUCACGAUGAACAAGCGGCGACUGGCGGCAGCACGACGUCGCUGGUGAGCAACAGCAAAGCCACGUCGGCGUCUCCUAAGGGGGGCGCGGCGCCCGCAUCUGGGGGCGGCGGGCACGGUCACGGACACGGCGAUGAGUUUGACUUCGGCGAGAUCUUCAUCCAUCAGGGCAUCCACACCAUCGAGUACGUGCUGGGCUCCGUGUCGCACACGGCCUCAUACCUUCGUCUCUGGGCGCUGUCCCUGGCCCACAACCAGCUCUCCGAGGUCCUCUGGAACAUGGUGCUCAAGAUCGGGCUCGUCAGUGACUCGACCGCAGGCAGCGUGAUGGUGUUCGCUCUGUUCGCUGCGUGGGCCUUCCUGACAGUGUCCAUCCUGGUCCUCAUGGAGGGACUCUCCGCCUUCCUGCACACUCUCAGGCUUCACUGGGUGGAAUUCUGUUCGAAGUUCUAUGCAGCAGAGGGAUACAUUUUUGAGCCCUUCACUUUCAAGAGCAUUCUCAACCCCGACCCCAAUGAGUAACUCCCGACAAUGCUUCAACGGUUAAACCUCUUAAUUACCUCCACAUCAAACCAUCCCAGUUUACAAACCCAAACCCAAUUGUUUUAACUUUUACCCUUCAACUCUUUUGCCAGUAUGGACUAAAUCCGUUGCCCACAUCUAUAAUAACCCAAAAUUUCAUUUGUUAGAUACCGCCGUUGAUUACACUGCAUUUGACCAGACAAACAUGCACAUUCAUGUCCCUGAAAGUUAUAAACAAAGCCUAGAAUUUACACCUAACCAUAAAUGCCGUUUCCAAAAUCAGAAGCAUUUUCUGAAAGAAUUCCUUAGCUUACAUACUGAGCCAUCCCGAGUGAUAGCACAACGUUGACCUAGAAAUCGGGGUAUUGAAUUUUGAAAUGUGUCUUGAAUUUUGUUUCGUUGCAUGCCUCAAUUCUGAUAUUUUUGUUGCAAACUUCGCUCGUAAAUGAUUUAUUUUUCAAAAUGAUAGUUAUCGGCUCUUGCCUCUUUGUAUGUUCAUUUUUGCU